AUGCCAAACACCAUCGGGGAUGUUCCAGAUUGGAAGCCAUGUCAUACUCCACGCUGGGUCAAGGAUAUCCAGAGUGCCGACGAUCUCCACGAACUCACCAAGGACGUUCAAGCUGACUUUCAAAGCCGACUGGAACCAUACGUGCGUUCAGAGAAAAGGUUUCAAGCCCUCGCGACCGUUCUGAAGAAUUGCAGCGAGUGCAUCGUUCAAAGAGCAUCCGAAGGGCUGAUCAAGAAUUGCGAUCGCGCCGAGCAAGUGUCCACUCAACUGUUCCAUUGGGCGGAAGUCUUGCUGGCCAACGAUUUCACCCGAGAAGGCAAGGCCACAAAAGACCGGAUGUUCAACACGAUAUUCAGGGAGUGGCAAAGCGUUCUUGUCACUCUCGCACCUGCUGACCAGCAAGUUGUGGCGCCCUUCAAAGAAACUCUAAACGCCCUUCUGCAAGUCAAAAUAUCGGCAGGUAAUUUCGGUCAAAUUUUUCUUCACGUCUCUGGUUCGAAUGACCUUUACAACUUGACCGGCGAUCAAGAUCCAAUGCUUUCUUUGAUCACCAACACUGACGUGCGCAGCCAGAUUUUUUACAAGCUUGGCGGCGAGAAAGCGCCCCCGUUUUCAGAAGGGGUGUCCCAAACGCCACCGUCCAACCAAGUUCCCGAGGCUCUGCGCAAUUUUUUCCGCUCCCUUCACCUUCAAGAUGAUGUUGAGCGUAGCAUUCCACCCUGUCAACUCGAGUAUGACGCGAUUCUCCGAGUUCUGAAAAAGACUGUGGCAUUGUGGAACAUGGACAAAGCUUUCGGACUCAAGGAGAGGGAGUUUCGUACUGCUGUGGAAGCCGGGGCCAUUCUGACUGUGCAUUUCCUGUCACGCAUAUUUGUUUGCAGUGCGUCAGGCGUUGAAACCAAGGUUCUGAUCGAAUAG